GUCUGGGAUCAUUGUCCCAUCUAUCCCAUUUACAAAGUGGCUGGCACGCACACGGUCUCAGUGCUCCAGCGUGCCAAUGGGGAUCAUCUCUGUUUUAUUUAUAUUGAAGCGUGCACCAGAGGCAAUGCACCAUUCGUCUAUGACAUCCAGGAGGGCGCCAAAAUUGUCUUGCUCAUCCAGGUAUACAACUGUAUCGUCAGCAAACAGUGUUGCAAUCAGUCUUUCAGUUUUCCCUCGAAUCUUGAUACCUUUCAGAUUUGAUUGGCGUAGCGACUCCGCCAGUGGUUCUAUUGCCAGGUUGAAGAGGAGGCAGGACAGUGGGUCCCCUUGCCAUACGCCUCUUGUCACUUUGAAGGGCUGACUGCUC